AAUCAAUUCACUCGAAAACAUUGUCAUGAUGUUGAUGUUGAAAACCAAAAAUUCAGCUGAUCAUGCUUCUAGAUUGGAGGAAAAGACAUAUCCAUCCAGUAAUAACAAGCCGACAACAUCCAGAAAGUCUGAUAUUGAACCUUAUUCUAGUCACAGCGAAGAAGUCAACAUCAACAUGUCCUCUAAAAAUCUGGCCUCAUCUAUUAUGGGACCUCGUCAGGCCUGGAUGGACACUGACUUAUCACUUGAAGAUGCUUCUUUAAUCGAAGCAAUCGAUGCAAUUGCUCGAGAUUGUGAAAAAGACAGAGAAAUGAACAAUCUUACAGGUCUAAUUUCACACCAGGAUAAAUAUGCCUCAUCCGCUUCUAUCUUCUGUAGCUUCUAGGUUGGAGAAAAGAUUACAAGAGUUAAAAAGCGAAAAUGACCAUCUUCGAAGCCACCGUGAUUUCAUGUUGCGCAGAUUAAUAGAAGGUGAUUAUAGAAUGAACACUGGAAAAACAAAAAAAGUAAACAAAGAAGCUGAGAAUACCGAAACGAGAGUCAAACGCACUACAACUAUCGAAAAUGUCGAAAAUUAAAGUGAGAAAGAAAAAAACGUUCUGCAAUCUG